AUAUGACAACUUCCGCCCUCAGGUCACAUGACGCUAGCCUCGCUCCCGGAAGUCUCGCGGUGACAGGUUGGAUCAUCGCUAGAAAAGAAAGGAUUUGCAAAUGGAGGGGGUAGAAAUGGUCACAGUUUGAACGACAAAAGGUACAUAUAGCCAUGUCUGAAUCUCUGUAUGAGAAGUUUUUGGCCCCAGAGGAGCCGUUCCCUCUCCUUUCCCAAAGAGCCAACCUCAGUGAUGUGGGAACCCUGGACGUCAGUGACUUUGGCUGUCAGCUCUCAUCUUGUCACAGAACAGAUCCUCUACACCGCUUCCACAGUAACAGAUGGAACCUUACAUCCUGUGGGACCAGUGUUGCUAGCUCAGAGUGCAGUGAGGAGCUCUUCUCCUCUGUGUCUGUGGGGGAUCAGGAUGACUGUUACUCCCUUCUGGACGAUCAAGAACUAACAUCGCUGGACUUGUUUCCAGAGGGCAGUGUUUGCAGCGACGUCUCCUCCUCUAUCAGCACCUACUGGGAUUGGUCUGACAGCGAGUUUGAGUGGCAGUUGCCAGGAAGUGACAUUGCCAGUGGCAGUGAUGUCCUCUCUGACAUCAUCCCGAGCGUGCCGAGUUCACCUUGUUUGUUUUCCAAGAGGAAGCCCAAGCCCCACCCCCAUCGUAACCUGGAUGAACUACCUUGGAGUGCUAUGACCAAUGAUGAACAAGUGGAGUACAUUGAGUACCUGAGUCGAAAGGUCAGCACAGAGAUGGGCCUGAGAGAGCAGCUGGAUAUCAUCAAGAUCAUCGACCCGUGUGCUCAAAUCUCUCCCACCGACAGCGAGUUCAUCAUUGAGCUCAACUGUCUCACCGAUGAGAAACUCAAACAGGUGCGUAACUACAUCAGAGAGCACAGCCCUAGGCUGCGGGCCAGUAGCACCAGAGAGGGCUGGAAGAGGAGCAGUCACAGCAGUGCCAGCACUGGCGGAGUCAGUGGAGCCAGCAGCAGUAACGCCAGCAUGGUCAGCUCGGCGAGCUCCUCCACAGGUUCCACAGCCUCCAACUCUGUAGCAGGUGGUACAGCCUCAGCCUGUAGUGGAAGCAGUGUUGCCAACAUCAGCAGAGCUCAUAGCGAUGGCAACCUCUCCAGUGCUGCAGAACGUAUACGAGACUCUAAAAAACGUUCAAAGCAGCGUAAGCUUCAGCAGAAAGCCCUCCGAAAGCGGCAGCUGAAAGAGCAGCGACAGGCCCGCAAGGAGCGUCUCAGUGGACUGUUUCUGAAUGAAGAGGUGCUGUCGUUACGGGUGACGGAGGAGGACGACCAUGGUAGUUGAGUUCGGUCUUCGUCUCGGACAUCUUUUAAACUCUGACUUGAUUAGGUUCUGUUUGGGGUUUUUUUUUCUACAAGCACUCCUGCUGUUUUUCUGCCAGAGACAGAUUCUCCAUCAUUUACUUCAAUGUGCAUUUUUAAAUGAUCUGACCACCAUCAAGUUUCAAGCAUUUGAGCACUGGUUAAGUCUUACAUGAAGUUUUUACGGAUAACAGUGUCUCUCCAUGUCCUGUAUGGCUGGUUUGGUUUUGGUUCUCAACGUGAGCUGGUUUCUUGAGCAAGUGCAUCCAACAUUUAGCCAUUAACUCAGCUUUUAGAGGUUUUCAUUUUGCUUUGUUAAAAUAUUUAAAAUCUACAACAAAGUGUGGAGGAAGCACUAACACCUCAGAAACAGCCUGAGGUGGAGUUUUUGUGGCGUUGGAGCUAUCAUGACAUUUUCAUAUUUGCUAAAAGUAGCAACCUGAGAUAUGUUUGUUUCUUUGUGUGUUUGCGUGUGUUUUUUUUUUUUUUUUUUACUGUCUACCUUGUAGGAAACACUUUUCCUGCACUUUCUCAGUUGUAACACGAUACUGGCCAAACAGCCCAUUGUCCGUGUAAUACUUUGUAGUGUGUACUGAGCUUUGGCUUUUGUCUCUGUCUCGUGUAUAAAGUUAUUAAUUAAGGCAAUUAUGUUAAAAACAGCCCUAUGUAUUCUGUUGUAAUGAAGCAGGAGAACUCUAUUUUGAAAAAUAAGAUAAUUUUGAAAGAAAAAAAAAUUCAAACCACAGUGUGAUGCAACAAAGUUAUUUGUGUAUAUAAGGUACCGUGUAAUAGCUAAAAAUGAAUGGUGCUGAACUAAUUAAACAUGGUUUAAAAAAGGUUUUGUUGGGAAAAAUUUCCUCAGUGUCAUUGUUAGAAUUAUUUUAUACUACUUCACACCAGACACUCGUUAAAGUGAGAACAUUUUUACCAUCAGAUACAACAACAGUGUUUGUACAUGUAUUUGUUCCUUAUACACCACUAUUGAACGAUGUUGCCUGCGAGAGAAACCAUGUCAGUGCCGCAGGGGAGUUCCCUCAAUGGUUCAGAUACAUUGUUAACUUGACAAAUAAACUUACAUUGUUGCAUCUUACUGUUUUUGUCUAUGAUGGCAUUUUCUUCAAGUGUGGCUGUUAUUUUGUCCACUGACCACAAGAUGA